CUUCCACCUCUUUUGUCGCUAUUCCGUGCCUUUUCUAGCCCCCUUUCUGAAUCGGGGGAACCUCCAGUUGAACAGCGGCAAGGGCGAUCCCUUUCUCCCUGUUGAACUCCGCGCUCCCACUUCCUUCGUUCCCGUCCGAACAGGCGAGAGAGGCUUAGAAUCAUGUCGCGAGUGAGGGCAAGACGAGGGGACCUGGCGCCGCCGCAGGAGACCAUAGAGAAGCUGGAGCAAAUGGUAAAUGAUGGUAAUUUCUAUGAAGCUCAGCAGAUGUAUAAGUCCAUGAGCGCUAGAUACACAGCCGCUGAGAAAUAUUCUCAAGCCUUGGAUAUUCUUCAGUCAGGUGCUUUAGUACAGUUGAAGCAUGGGCAGGUUACAUGUGGAGCUGAGCUGGCAGUUUUGUAUGUAGAAACACUAAUCAAAGGAAGUUACCCUUAUAACAACGAAACUCUUGAUUAUGUUAGGACAAUCUACAAGGCUUUCCCAAGGAUUCCUAUUCCUCAAGACUUGGAAGGCGAUGAUGAUGAUGAAAUGCAUAAACUUUCAGAAGCUUUGGCAGCUGCUAGAGUACGUGUAGAAGGCUGCUCAUCAUUUUUAAGAGCUGCAAUAAAGUGGUCAAUUGAAUUCAGGGCUCCCCAAAAUGGAUCUCCCCAGUUGCAUGAUAUGCUAGCAGAAUACCUUUACUCUGAAUCUCCUGAGAUGGACAUGGCUAAGGUGUCAAGUCAUUUUGUUCGAGGAGAGGAUUCUACAAAGUUUGCUUCUGUGCUUGUAAAUUUUAUGGGUAAGUGCUAUCCUGGGGAGGAUGAUGUGGCAAUUGCUCGUGGAGUCCUCCUAUAUCUGUCUCAAGGAAAUCUUAAGGAAGCAAAUAACCUUGUGGAUAAUGUUAAAUUGCAAUUGAAUGAAAAGCAACUUGAGCUUCCAAAAACGGAUUUGAUCCAAUUUAUUGAGUAUCUUCUGCAGACGAUGGAAAGAGAUGCUUUCCCACUGUUCAAGCUAUUGAGGCAGAAAUACAAGUCAAGUAUAGAUCGUGAGUCUUUGUUUGAUGAGUUAUUAGAUGAAAUUGCCGAGAAGUUCUAUGGCGUGCAACGCAGAAAUGGCCUCCAAGGCAUUUUUGGUGAUCUCUUUAAGAUGAUGUGAGUGCUUUGUUGAGCCUUAAAUAUGUCAAAGUGUGGGAGCCAGUUGGGGCUGAGAAAUUUCUUUUCCUUUGCUUUCAAAGGAACAAAGAGUUUUUAAGCAAUAAGAUGCAGUAGGUUCAAAUUAUUUUGUUUUCGUAGAUCAUGUCUCCAAAAUUGUAUUCUCCAUUGAAAAAGCUCAUUUGUAUCCUGUUUAAUUGUCUUCUUGAAUAAAAUCUUUGAUUUCUGUUUAAACAAAA